AUGGAGGCGGCAGCGCUUCCGGCACCCGCCCUGGCCGAGCGCCUGCGAGCAGAGGUGCGAAGCGCAGAGGUGGUCUCAGGCUUCAGCGCACAGGCCUGCCUUCUCCUGCCUGUCAACGCUUCGUGGUUCUCAUUCUCUUUGGAUGAGGCGGAACGGAUUCCCUACUACGAGAACCUCUGGGAGAUCUGGGUGCGGAAUCGUGCAGAGCUGUCUAACUACAGCUUCGGCUUGGACUGGAUCGAGGCGGCCUACUUUGGCUUCAAGCCAUUCGAAGUUCAUGCCGAGCCCAGGACAAUGGCAGAAGCCAGGGAACGGGCACCUUACUUCGCGCUCAAUGCUCUGCGAACGGACGCUGGUAGCCCCUUGUAUGGCGACAUCACAGUUGUUCUCCGGCCCAGCGUGGCAAAUGCGGUCUCCAUCGUGUCGGCGUUCGACACGGGAAGCUGGGCUGGAAUGUGCAACAACUCCUUCACGCCUCCAGCCGGAGGCUUCGAUCACAACUGCUCGGCCUACCCUGGGCAUGCCGGCCUGGGAAGCCUCGAGGCUUUUGAUCAUUUGCUUCUGACCAACGAGCAGUACUGGCACAAUGCGCACACACUGGAGCGGCUCCUGGUGCGUACCCUUAGCCCAAGCUCGACGCUGACGGGUCCGGACUUCGUCCACUACUUCGAGGCCAAAAGCUUUUGCUCAGGGUCGGAGUUUCGGGGUCGUCGAGCGCGUUUUUGGCUUUCUGAAGCUGUGGGAUUUAGGUUUGGCUGGGUGUUUGGGGUUUCCGGGUUAUGA